AUGGAAGUUCCAAGACCAGACGGUCCCGAUGUCAACAGAGGGACGAACAUCUUCGUCGGAUGCUGGGUGUUGACCGGCUUUGUAUUCUUCGUGCUCUUGUUUCGAUUCGGUGUCAAAUUCUGGAUUUCGUGGCUUCUCCCAAAUGUCUCGAGGCCCCAACGAGUAUGGGGUCUAGAGGACUUCUUCCUCGCCUUUGGCUGGGAAUGGGGGUUAGGGAGGCACUUCUUCUACCUAACACCGAUACAGAGAAAUCGAGCUAUGAAAUGGGACUUUGUCUCUCAACCUUUGGCCGUGGCGGCGUCGAUGUGGUCACGAACGGGUGUGAUCCUCUUUCUAUACACAUGCUUCGCACAGAACCGGAGGAGUCUCCGUAUCAUCGUCAUCGUCUGUCUGGUGGUGCAGAUCGUCGCAAACCUCUUCACGAUUCUGCAAAUAUUCUUGCAAUGCGGGCCCAAUCCAUAUCGGCUGGUAAAUCGGGCGGCUUACUUCCACUACAUGUGGGAUCCGUUGCCAGCAGACGGUUCAGUUGCUUGCCAGGCACCGACAGUACAAGCAACAGUGGGAUACGUUCAAGGCGCCUUCAACUGCAUCAUCGACUUUGCGCUGACAUACCUGGCCGGGUUCGAGCUCUGGCAAUUCAUGUUUCGUGGAGCCCAAAACAGCAGCGAGAAUUCUUUCCUCACCAGGUUCAAGAGACUGGAUCGCGGGAUCAGAACCCAACGGCUAUGGCAGACACUGCUGAUCUGCGGCCCACUACUGUUGUCAGGAGUAGCAUCUAUAGUCAAGACGUAUCUUCUCUCCGCCUUGGGCAGCCGACUCGACUUUACAUGGAACAUAGUUCCGUUCGUUCUGUGGGUCAAAAUCGAGAAUUACUGCAUCCCAAUCGCGUCGACGGCGCCGAUCCUCCGACUCUUCAUCCGCACCUUCAUCGACCAACGCGGCACGGACAAGGACUACAGCCUCAGCCGGAGCGGAGGCGGCCGCAGUGGUGGUGUCGGGAUCCGGUCCAAACUGACAGGGACUGGCGGCCACACGAUAGAGCUCAGUAGCACCAUAUCUCACACGCGAUCGCAUAUCCGGCGGGACAGCAAAGGGUUCGUGCACAUGCAAGAGACGGAUGAAGGAGGCAGCGAGACGGCGCGGGGGCCGAGUAGGCAAGGCUCUGAAAACGAGCUGAUUGUCAACGAGCACGAGAUUCGCAUCAAACAUGAGUACGAGGUGCGGGUUGAAGACAAGGAAGAUAUACUGCCGUCCAAUGCUGGAGGAAAGAAGAGCAGUGGAAAUGCUUGGGAUUGA